CACUUUUACCGCCGCCCGUUCCCAGCUCGCCCCGCGCCUCGGCGGCGCACACACAAACCACCAGCUCUGCUCCUCCGGUCAUUCGACAGGGGAGACCCCGGCGUGUGCGGACGUCGCGACGAGAGCGCCUUCUCUCUCCUGUGCCGCGCCGUGCGCGCUUUGCUCGGCGCUCUCACUACGCUCCGUUCGCGUUGGCCGCGUUGCGCGCGCGAGCUUGUGUUGUGCGCGACUUCGGCGACUGGCUUGUGCUUUGGUUUUACCUUCCCCUUGUCGUCGGUGUGUGAUUUCGUUUUUUUUUCCUAUGUAUAUUUUUUCUUUGUACAACGCCCCAUACCUGGAUUAAUGAGAGCAACGAGACCGGACGAAGCGGACCUCCGCCCUCUGCUGCUUCCGUGUCUUCUAUGAGAGUCGCCUGGGACAACUGAAACCCUGACGGCGGCGACCGCGAUGUACUACGCGAGCUUCUUCCCUCCGGCGGUCCGGCCGUUCGACGGCCGCGGCCCGCUGGACGGCGUGACCGCCGCCGCGGCAGCGGCUGCGCUCGCCGGCUCCGCGGGCGUCCGCGGGGAGCGCGGCGAGAUUCCGCUGGACCUGUCGCUCAAGCACGUGCGGCCCGACGGGCCCGAGGCCGCGGCAGCCGAGGAGCUCCUGCUCCUCGAGCACCGCAAGCUGGCUGCUGCCUACGGCCGGCACCUGCUCGAUCCGGCAGCAUUCCUGCGGCUGCAGCACUACCAGCAGCGAGUCGCCGCCGACGCCUUCCUGCAGCAGGCUUUCGGGAGCGCCGCAGCGGCGCAGCACCACGCCAUGGCCGCCGCCCGGCUGGGCUGCCUGGACCAGCAGGUGGCCUUCCACUCGACCGCCCGGGCGGCGGCGCCUUCCACGGCCGCCUUCCUGGAGCCGGCCGCCGCGCUGGCGCUCAGCAUGCGAGGCGCGGGCGCGCCAGCGCUGGCGCCGGGAGACCUGGCCCGGUCGCUGUACCCUCCGACGGCGGCCACCGCGCUUCCCGCCGGCUACUCCUCCGUCUUCGCCGACAUGAUGCCCAAGCCGGACCCGUGCCGCCUGGCCGACGACGCCAAGGCCGGCUCGUACCCUCGCGCGAACGGCGUGUCCGCCGCGGACAAGGCCUCCUCGUCGUCGUCCUCCUACAUCGCGGACCCAGUGCGUUACGCGGCCGAGCACAUGCAGAGGCUGCAGGAGAGCCAGACGUCGGCCAAGUUCGCCUCCACUUCGGGCUCGGCGCAGACCACGAGCACUUCCUCCACCUCGUCUUCGUCGUCAUCUAGGGAGCAUAAAAAGUCGUCCUCUAACCGCCACACGACGGACACGUCCACGUCGUCCAGCUCGUCGUCGUCGACGGCUGCGGCAAAUGCGGCGGCGGCCGCGGCCGCAGCCGCGGCUCUAAACCUCCUGGGCCCGAGGCCCUCGCUGGGCGGUGGCCUCAGCUCGGCGUUCGGCGAGACCGUCAAGCGGGAAGACUACCUGAACGCCGCCGCCCACCUGCCCUACUACCCGGGUUGGGGCCUGCCUCCGAUCAUUCCCCCACCCACCACGACGCCGCUGCUGACUACGCCGAGCCCGCAGAAGAAGAAGGACUCGUCGUCGCGCUCCUCGGACCGAUCGUCGUCCGAGUCGCGAAACAACAGCCGCAGCAGCAGCAGCCACCACGGCAAGUCGAGCAAGCGCUCGUCCUUUUCCUCCAACAACGUCGACCACCACCAGCACCACCAGCACAUAAGCGACGUGGUAGUCAUCGACGAAGAGCAGCGGUCCCGGCUCACCUCCUCUCUCAGGCUCGGCUCGUCCAGCGGCGGCCGGCCCCCGCCGCCCCCCGAGCCGGAGCGCGCCAAGAUGCCGCGGCUCGAAGCGAUGCAGCCGCCGGACGAGGCCAAGACCUCGCACGCCGGCAGCAGUGACGGCGGCAAGCGGCCAGCCACCAAGAGCCCACUGAGCCCGCCGCCGCUCAUCGCGGCCGUGCCGCCGGCGACAAGUCCCAAGACGGCCGAGCCAUCGGCCGCGCCCGGGGCCCUGCUCCUGGGCAAGCCGACUCUGCCCCUGGCUUCGACGGCGAGCGCGACGGCCUCGAGCCUGCACGCAAAGCACAGCAACCACCACCACAGCAAGCUGACCACGCCGCACGACGAGAAGCCGACGCUGAACUUCUUCUUCAGGGACCACAAGGCAGCGACAACGGCGGCGCCCUCGAGCGUCGCUUCGGUGCCACGCAACACGGCCGCGGAGGUCAUCGCGCACGCGCACCAAGCGCACCUGCAGUACCUGCAGCAGCUGCACAGCAGCAACGGCGGUCACGUGCUGCCCCCGUCGUCGGCGCUGCCCGCCAUGGAGGCCACCUCCGCGUUUGGCGUCACGUCGCCCAUCAAGGAGGAAAGCCCCCGCCCGGCGCAUCACCACCACCACCACCACCUCCCAGCGACGACAUGCACGACAACUUCGACGCUGACGCCGGGCAAGGACGCCACGCCGGCGCACGCCAAGUCUUCGCCGUCGCCGUCUCAGGACCGGGUCAAGGAGCCGAGAACAGUCGAGGCAACGACGGUGCGGAUCCAGAAAGAAAACGGCGGUGUCCGGUACUCGAUUCACCCCAAGAAGCGCAAGCUCGACUCGGACGAGCAGUCACCCCCGGCUACCCCGUCGUCGGCGCUUGCGGCUUCCUCGGCGCCCGCGUCCUCUGAAGAGAACGACUCGUCCAGUCGUCGGCGCGCCUCGCGUAGCCCCGAGCGCAGCGUCGAGUCGGCCUCGCGGCGCCGACCCCAGAGUCACUCGGCCGACUCCGUGCUCUCGUCGCUGAGGCCCGAGCUGCGCCAGCGCAGGAUGCAGUACCACGCGGUGCGCAGGCGCAAGCUGCGCUCGGGACUCGACAUGAUCCGGCGCCGCAAGAGGACGAGCACCACCGCCGCCAAGCUGGCGGGAAGGAGCGACCGCAAGCCCUUCGGCGAGCUGAACUACAGCGCGCCCGCGGAUCUCAGCAAAAUUCCACUGAACAAGUCCACGGGCGAGACGGUUCUCCACCGGGCAGCCCGCCUUGGUCACGUGGAUCUGGCCUGGUGCUGCCUCGAGUCCCGCGAGGGCGGCUCGGUCGAAUCGUGCGACGUGAACGGACAAAGCCCUCUGCACGAGGCGGCCUCCCGCGGACACCUACGCGUCGGGCGAGCCCUGCUGCAGUGCGGAGCCGACCCCAACGCAUGCGCACACAACGGAAGGCGGCCCCUGCAUGACGCCGUUGAGAAAGGUCACGUAGAGAUGGUGCGACUGUUGCUGUCUUAUGGCGCCGACGCCAUGCUCACGACGGGCUCCGGGCUGUCACCUCUCGAGCUGGCCAGGUCGCCCAUCAUGGUUGAACUGCUCAGAGGCUUCCUCUCUGACAUGGCCGGCGAGAGUAUCGACGGAAGCCCCGUGCUGCCGUGGCACUUUGCAGGCACAGCCUCUCUCAUGGAUCCGAAGGAUACCGGCUUCGACGUCCUGGCCGGUGCGCCCGCCGAGGACUCUGGCGAUGACAUGCUCUUCCAAGUGAGCGAGUCGGCUCAGAUAGCCACCUAUCGGCUCAGCCCACACCUGGCCGGAACAGCGGAACGAAGCUGCAGCGAGUGCGUCCGGCUCGACGACGUCCUUCAGCGCCUGCGCAUCUCGGCCGAAGAGUUCCGGCAGCGGUUCCCGGCCGUCGAGGUGCUCGUGCUACCCGCGCACGAGCUGCGCGCCAAGACCACGACCCCGUGGCUGGACGCCGAGGCGACCGCGAGCCCGCACGAGACCAGCGGCGGACCGGAGGCCUCGUGCUCCUCGCCGCCUUCGCCGUCGCAGCCGGUGGCCGCCGUGCCGGCGCUGCGGUUCGACGCCACCGUGCGCAGCAUCCUCGGCCUCCACAACCCUAUCCCGCGAUGAGCGGCCGCCUACGGUGUUGUGCUGCGUCAUCGCCCCUCCUCCGCCGCGUAGUCACUACCGCCACCAGAGUGUCGCCCUUUAGGACCACCGCUCUUCCUCCCGUCCACAGCUCGUCCGAAGCCGAGCGCACGGCGGUACGCCGGACCAGCGAGGCGCCGUGCGCGGCCGCCGCUCCCCCCCGAAGGGGGGAUGCAGACACCCCCGCUUCCUCCAGACACCGCCACUGGCGCUGGCGCCAGAUGAGACACUGCAAGGUCUCGCAACCGAGUGCGCGCGGCUCGCGAAACACGCUGUGCAGACACUGAACGAAACCGUGACGCGUUGUUGCCGCGCGCAGCGUGUGUGUGUGUGUGUGUCAUCCAGGGGGCGCUGCGUGUCGUUUUCGCCGCUACGGACGACGCUGCUGCUCACCGGCACGACGACCGCGACGAACAGUCUGCCGGAGUUGGCUUGUGUGGGACGUUGCCAGACGUGCGCGGCGGAACUGCCACUGACUGUAGACGCCGCCGCCGCUCCGUUUGUCGGGACGUUGUGCAAACUGACGUGCAGCGGACGAUUUCUCGCCGUGUCGUAUAGCGUCCGGCGUGUUGUAUUUCACCUGGCGUUGGGAGGCGCCUAAGGCAACGCUGUGCGCGCACCCAUGCUUGGCCUCCGGCGUUUGUCGUAGUUUGUGCCGUAUUCCACUUGCAGUCAUUUCUUCCCUGUACCGGUCAAAACUGGCCAUCCAGGUUUAUUACAAGUGCAUCGCUUUUUCCCACAUCAUUUUGUGUCCUUGAUGGUGCGUGCUGUAUACAACUCCACGCUGCGUCUAUUAUUAUGCGUCCGAGGAUGCUCCUGUAAAAAAAAAAAGACAGAGAGGGAAAGAAAACGAGAAGGGCAUUUUAGGGACUGUUCAACGCUUUGCUUUCCCUUGGCCGUUAUUUAUAUGUUGGCGUGCGUGCUUCCCGCUAUAGUAGCGCGCGCAUCCUGAAAAGCGCUAUUAGCGCAUCCCUUAUUUCCCUGCUGUCAGCAUCUAUCUCUCUACACUCGCGCCUGUUGUUCCCGCACGAUGUUGCGCUAUCCCUUUUCAAGGUAAACGAGUGCCGUGAACGUUGUUGCGUAUAACUCCAGCAAGAUGUCCAAACAGCCUCUGCGCGUUUACACCACCUACAAGUGCCACUCACGUUAGCUCUUGUGGGCGAGGGGGGGUGAGGGUGUUUGCCGGCUUGCCUGUAAAAACAAAACGCCGCGUGUAUUCCUUACAUGUUUUCCCACGAUCACCCGAUACGUCGUUGAGAGACUCCAGGUCCAGCCGCGUACACUUUCCGUCACGAUAUCGUCUAGUUAGCUGUCUCGCAUGGACAGCAGCCCAGUCACCAGCAAUGUCAAUACAUGAGCCUUGUAUAUGAAAUUCCGCAAAAGUUUCCUCUAUUUCUGUUUUUUUUCCCUGUCGGUUGGCGAAGAGCUUUCAAUGGCCGUAAGGUCCUUCAGCUGUAUUCUUCCCUUCUUUUGUACCGUACAUUCUUUCGCGGAAAAAGGGAAUGCGCAAGCGCUGACGUGCAAAUUCACAGCCAGCCCUGGUGAGCAAACACGCGCUGGUGGAUCAUGACCGUCGUUUUAAGCUGCAAGCGGCUUCCUGUGUUACUGCGAAGCCUAGUCGUCGCGAUAGUUGCAGCGACGGCUUCUCUUCUAAGUCCAUGUUGUAGCGUAGCGCUGUGUGUGCUGUAUGUGCGUGUCAACCUAUCUGAGAAAAAAAAAUUGUUACCCGCAGCAAUUGCAGAGCGAUGAUGUAUCGAGAAACUUUUUAUUUUCUUUUUUGGUCACCGCGAGAGAGCGAAGCAUUUUUCGCCGUAGCGUCGUCGCAUUGCCCGUUACUCACUCCGCCAAAUAAUCUUUGGUGUCGCCUCUGUUCUUGGCUUCUGCGUAAGCCUACUUUUCUUUUUUUUUUUUUGUCUUGUUUUCGUUCUUAAGCAGACUUCGCAGACUUCCUAUGAGCCGCGUGUUGAUGUUGCUUCGCUCCUGGCACAAGUUCGUGCGAAAUGUGGCCAUAAUUUACGCGACCGUUUCUCUCUCCGUGCUCGAGCAAGACUUCCUUUUGUUGACAGUAUUCUUUGCGCUUAGUCAAAAUCUUGGACGCAUUUGCCCUUCGUUUCUGAACCUUUCACCACGCGUCCUGUAUUACUGGCACGUGUUCCUUGGCGUAGCCUUAUCGUUAAGGCGCUGCGCUAAAUCAAAUGCCCAUCGACACGCUUGUUUAGAAGGGCCGCAUUCGAACGUUGUUUUAAUUACCAUUUCUUAAUUUUAUGGCUUGUACUCCAGGCUGCUUAGGAAGGGAGUAAGAUAUGAGAAAAAAGAAAGAACAUGUGGCUUGUAACUUUGAUAACAGACGAAGCAUUGUCCAAACGUUUUGCUUACUUAGUUGCCCAUUUCUCCAGUUUGGAGUAUUUAGUGUCCGAAGGAGAAAAACCUUCCAAUAGCAAACAGUCUGCAUUUGUACCUGCCAUUAUGAUUUUUAAAAUUUCUUAUUUUCAUGCCCCCUUGCCUUAGGGCCUGCCUCGCGCGUUAAUUGCGUGCCCUUGAAUGCCGCGUGCAUCUUGCCUGUUUGGCUUUUAAAGCCCGCGCUACACAGAGAAAAAAAAAAAAUCUAAACGCCGUUGCGCAUCUUCCAGCUUCGCCGCGAGCAUUCAACGCCUUUCGCCCGCAGAUGUUCCCGCGGCAGUUUUUUGCAGUCGACAUGUAGCCUACGAAAAGAAAAGCUUCGCGAUCGUCCGUUGUUUAAAGCGUACGGCUCUGGCCGGCGACCUUCGUGUCAUUCCUUGCUUUGUUGUCUUCGCGAGCCCUUAGUAUAUGACCACUGCUAGGAGGAGUGAAAAAAAAUAUAAAGAACACCUGUACUGCUGUCAACUUUCGCAGAGUGUCUUAAAUGUAAGAGGGAGAUUUAAAGAGAGAGGAAAAAAAAAAAGAUGUACUGGUUGCUGCAACUACCUGCAGUGUUCGUUGUUUCGGACCCUUUGUCCACGUGCCUAGAGGAAAGUUUCUCUCGACUAUUUGGGAUCUCGUUCUUUCUCGUAGCCGUGUUUCGCCGUGUGUUUGUGCGUGGGUGUGUUUUGGGUGUUGUCUCCGUGUACACCCGCGCCAUGAGCAGCGGCACGGGAGGUGUCGGCCGUAAUGACCUGCGUAGACGAAUUGCCUGACGUUGUUGACCUCUCUGCUCCUCUCCGCCGUAGCGAUGACGAUUUCAGCACGUGUUUUAGAAGAGAAAUGUGCGUGCGCACAACACGCUUUCCUUAGCGCCUCGACCCUUAUUUCUUUUUUUUUGAAGUCACUUGAGCGUCGUCGGCAAAUAAAACAGAAUUCAAAACGUGUGUGCGCCGAGCUUUCCCUGCUUCUAUAGAAAAUUAAGUUGGGAAGGCCCGAUAGGAAAACAACGCUAGAAGAAACAUGUUUGGAAUAGAAAUCGAGUACCCGUCAUUAUGUGUCAAAUUCUCUACGCUACGGGAAACGCCGAGCUUCAAGGCUACGUGGCGGUGCGUGCAUCCGGCGUUAUCUGCUAGCUGAACAGACGACUUUGUAACCGUGGGUUGCAUUAGGAGAAUGAACCGAGGAGAAAGUGCAGAUUUAUGUAUAAACAUGCCGACCGUCCUUCACUGCCCUGGUCUGUAUGUCCUAUACCGAAGAGCGCCAGUAAAUGUCACAUAUUGAGUUGUUAACCAGUCCAAGGUUUCCAUAUGAAGAAACGUUCUAUUGUUUCUUUUUUAUUUUAUUUUUUUAAAUUUCGAAGUGGGAUCCAUUUGUAUGCUGCUGCGACAGAACGAACCUCCUUCUCCUCUGUCCACACUAGUGCAGCAUUGAAGGAAUUGCCGGAUUUCAUAAAUGGUCUAUCUAGAACUUUGUUUUCUACUGUGUUGAAGUGCUUGUCGUUAGCGAAAGUCCACUGACAGCUCCAAAUUUUCGGCUAACAGGUUGGCUUGAAUACUUUCUUUUCCCUUGCUUUCAUGAUACCGACAUAAGUUUGCGCGUUGGCGUUGGCACUCAUUUUACUUUCCGAUUGACAGCAUUUCGAAUUAACAAUGUCGCAAGCAUAAGGCUUGCUGGCAUGACCGCUUUGUGUCUCCCGAUUGUGCGACGUUGCGAACUAGUCUUAACAGUGUUCCGUUUGACUAAACCUGUUUUACUGUUUACCCUUUCCGUCUGUUUAAACAGGCGUAGCUUUAAAUGUGUGUGGUCUGAAUUUCCAUUUGCCGCAUUGUGAUGAAUGGAGCGAUCGCCAGUGGACAUUCGCAGGCGAUGUGCAUUGCAUCGCGCCCUAAGUGUGUGUGUGUGUGUAUGUGUACACGUGUACAACAUGUAUCGUCUUUCUAUGUACGAAUUUGUUCGUGUCGGCGUACGUCUUCAGCUUUCUCUGCGAACUUUUUUUCUUCCGGCGGGUGAUCGACGCUCUGAACAUCUCUCCUGCGGAUGGGCUGUUUUCUUUUUUUCUUUUUUUUUGCCUAGUUUCCGGAGUCGCUUACUUUGCUCGCUGUAUUUUUGGAUGUACCAUAUAUGAAUGUAUUUUGUAAAUAAUGCCGUGUAAAUAGGAAACAUCAGAAGGAUUAUAAUAUACUGUAUUCACCUGGAAAAAUGAUAAAAAGGUGUCCAAAUGAA